CGGUGCUUGCUGUUAGGUGUACGCUGUGUCCCCUGCUUAGAAGCAGGCCUUGGAAGCUGGCGGGGAGAAGGCGUUGCUGCCGGAGCUGAGACCAGGUGGCCUGCAGUGCGCAGGGAUGAACCUUGAGUUGUUGGAGUCCUUUGGGCAGAACUAUCCAGAGGAAGCUGAUGGAACUUUGGAUUGUAUCAGCAUGGCCCUGACUUGCACCUUUAACAGGUGGGGUACACUGCUUGCAGUUGGCUGUAAUGAUGGCCGGAUUGUCAUCUGGGAUUUCUUGACAAGAGGCAUUGCUAAAAUAAUAAGUGCACACAUCCAUCCAGUUUGUUCUUUAUGCUGGAGUCGAGAUGGUCAUAAGCUCGUGAGUGCUUCCACUGAUAACAUAGUGUCACAGUGGGAUGUUCUAUCAGGCGACUGCGACCAGAGGUUUCGAUUCCCUUCACCCAUCUUAAAAGUCCAGUAUCAUCCACGAGAUCAGAACAAAGUACUCGUGUGUCCCAUGAAAUCUGCUCCUGUCAUGUUGACCCUUUCAGAUUCCAAGCAUGUUGUUCUGCCGGUAGACGAUGACUCUGAUUUGAAUGUGGUUGCAUCUUUUGAUAGGCGAGGGGAAUAUAUCUAUACGGGAAAUGCAAAAGGCAAGAUUUUGGUACUAAAAACAGAUUCUCAGGAUCUUGUUGCUUCCUUCAGAGUAACAACUGGAACCAGCAAUACUACGGCCAUUAAGUCAAUAGAGUUUGCCCGGAAGGGAAGUUGCUUUUUAAUUAACACAGCAGAUCGAAUAAUCAGAGUUUAUGAUGGCAGAGAAAUUUUAACCUGCGGAAGAGAUGGAGAACCUGAACCCAUGCAAAAAUUGCAGGACCUGGUGAAUAGGACCCCAUGGAAGAAGUGCUGUUUCUCUGGGGAUGGAGAAUACAUAGUGGCAGGUUCAGCCCGGCAGCAUGCCCUGUACAUCUGGGAGAAGAGCAUUGGAAACCUGGUGAAGAUCCUCCAUGGGACUAGAGGAGAACUCCUUUUGGAUGUAGCUUGGCAUCCUGUUCGACCCAUCAUAGCAUCCAUUUCUAGUGGAGUGGUAUCUAUCUGGGCACAAAAUCAAGUAGAAAAUUGGAGUGCAUUUGCACCAGACUUCAAAGAGUUGGAUGAAAAUGUGGAAUAUGAGGAAAGGGAAUCUGAGUUUGAUAUUGAAGAUGAAGAUAAGAGUGAGCCUGAGCAGACAGGGGCUGAUGCUGCAGAGGAUGAAGAAGUGGACGUCACCAGCGUGGAUCCUAUUGCUGCCUUUUGUAGCAGUGACGAAGAGCUAGAAGAUUCAAAGGCUCUGUUAUAUUUACCCAUUGCCCCUGAGGUAGAAGACCCAGAAGAAAAUCCUUAUGGCCCCCCACCAGAUGCAGUCCAGACCUCCUUGAUGGAUGAAGGGGCUAGUUCAGAGAAGAAGAGGCAGUCAUCAGCAGAUGGGUCCCAGCCGCCUAAGAAGAAACCCAAAACAACCAAUAUAGAACUUCAAGGAGUACCAAAUGACGAAGUCCAUCCACUACUGGGUGUGAAGGGGGAUGGCAAAUCCAAGAAGAAGCAAGCUGGCCGGCCUAAAGGAUCAAAAGGUAAAGAGAAAGAUUCUCCAUUUAAACCGAAACUCUACAAAGGGGACAGAGGUUUACCUCUGGAAGGAUCAGCGAAGGGUAAAGUGCAGGCGGAACUCAGCCAGCCCUUGACAGCAGGGGGAGCGAUCUCAGAACUGUUAUGAAGACCCUGAAGUUCUUCAUUCUUCCCCACUUUGCCAUCAUGUGGCCUCUGGACACUGUGGUCAGUCAUUUGAGAUUGACUUUAAUUUAAAACAAAGGCCUCUGCUUCCCACCCAGGAGGUGGAAGGAGUGAAUUUUAUGUUUGAAUGAAGAAGUGAAUUAUGGAAGAAGAAUAUAUGUCCUUUUCCUUUCAAGUGUAAGUCCAAAUAAGUUCUCAGGAAUGAGGAUUUGUGAAGACCUCAAAUAGGAGUUUUGGCUCAUUGAAACAUUAAUGUUUAGUUAUGUUGCUGGAGAAAAGAUACCUAUGUUUUGCUCGUCUAACCCAGCAUCGUUUAGACCUGUCAUAUCCUAUCUCCUGUUUGCCUUUCAUCCUCAGUACAUAUCCUUGAGUGACUUGUACUCAUCUGCAAUUUUGUUACCAUAUCCUGGUGAAACUUCUGUUGUAUAUUCUCUUUCUUCCAUUUUUAAAUGUACCCUCUCACCAGAUACCUCCUGUAUUUCCAUAUUGUCUGCAAAGGAUGGGCAGUAAAAGAAAGUACUUGAAAGACUACAAAUUUUCAGAAAGGGAGGGAAGAUAAAAAGGCCCUUCCUACUAUAUCAUAUUUUGCUCAAGAAGCUGGGUUGUAAAAGAUUCAGGGUUUUUUCUUGUUUUCCUUUCAUUUCACAUUUCCCUCCAGUAUUGGUUCACUGUCAUUAAUCAUGGUUUUUGAAGAUAGUUUCAUCUGUCUCCAGCAAAGAAUCAUCAAUAGUUUAUAUUGCUUUACCUGUACUGGCUUCCAGAGAUGGGAACAAACCAAGCUGUCUCUAAGCAAGCUUCUUUUUUAUUGGGGUGGGGAAUCUAUGCAAGGACUAAAGUAAAGCCAUCCAAAAUCAAAGUAGCAACAACGCAGUUCAAAUCAAAGAUCAAGGUAAAUUUUUUUUAUCAUUGUUUGUGGAUAUCUGUCCCUCCCAUCAGUCAUUGCAUUUUCCCUUUCUGUAUCUAUGCUUGUUUUUCUUACUACAUGUUUUCAGUCACUUCCUUUCUGUGAAAGGUUGCUUAGCU